AUGUCUUGGUGGGAGAGUAUCAUAAGAAGACAAGGAGUAGAAGACAUGGAUUGGGAUGCAUCCAAGCAGGAAUUUCAGAGGAAGUAUUUUCCUCCAGAAGCAAGAGACAGAAUGGAGCAAGCUUUUCUCCGAUUGGAGCAAGGUGAAAAGAGUGUUAAGGAGUACGAAUCAGAAUUUCUCAAGUUCAGUCGAUACAUCUACUACGAGGACGGAGAUGAAGCGGUAUUAGUUCGUAAGUUCUUACGAGGUCUUAAGCCAGAGAUCGGGAGUCGUCUCCAAGCCGUCAACUUUGUGAGUUUGUUCGAGUUAAUAGAGAAAGCAGUCAACGUGGAGGAGAUGGUAGCAGCUGAACGUGAACCAACCGUUGGAUCAAACCCCAAACCUCAGAGCAGUCAGUCCAAGGAUGAUAAGUUGCGAACCAACCAGAAGAAAGGAAGAAAGGGUCAGUUCAAACGACAUGGAAAGAAGCCGAAGGCACAAGUGACGUGCUACAAUUGUGGACAGGGAAGAGGAUCGUCUGCGCGUACCCAACCAAACCGACCGACCAGAGAACACCCCGGCUGGCGUCCUGCAUCCGAAGGGAGAGUCUAUGCCUUGGAGAUGGAGGAAACUCCAUCUAGUGCUCCGGGACCGUCGAGAGGUCCUGUGACAGGAUCAUUGUUGGUUAGUGGAACCCCUACUGUUGUUUUGUUUGAUUCGGGAGCCACCCAUAGUUUUGUGAACCCAGUAGUAGCCUCUAGAUUUGUAGGAACCCUUGUGACCCGUGAUAUUGAUAUCUCGGUGUUAACCCCUGGAGGCCAAACCUGGAAAGCUGAAAAGGUUUUGUUGGAUGUGCCUAUUGUGCUUUUACACGCAACCCUAUUAGCCAACCUAGUGGUCAUGCCCUUAGAAGCUUUCGAGGUUAUUUUAGGAAUGGAUUGGCUGUCAAGGCAUCGGGCGUGGCUGGACUGUGCAAGAGGAAGAGUUUUCUUUGAAGACGACCAUCGAGGAGUAUUGGCGUAUUAUGGGAUCAAGCCUAGCGUCUCAGCAACGUUCGUCACAUCAAUGAGAGCAGAGAGAGCCUUAGUGGCGGCGAGGUCUACUUGGUAUUGCUUACGUACAUCGGAGAGGAGACAAGAAAGGAAUUGA